AAAACCACACAAGAUCCUCCCAGGCUCUUCAUCUCCAACUCAUUCAUCACACUCACACUAAUACUUGUGAGGUGUUACAUUCAGUACAACAAUAUUUGCUAGCUAUGGCUUCUUAUUCUUCUCUUCAGGUCACUAUCCUCCUCUGCAUUUUCUCCUUGUCCGUAAAUGCCAAUGAGGUUACAGUCGGUGGAAAAACCGGUGACUGGAAGAUCCCUUCUUCCUCUUCUUUCUCUUUCAACGAAUGGGCUGACAAGUCUCGUUUCCUUCUCGGCGACUAUCUCGUAUUCAGCUACGAACCCGGUAAAGACUCAGUUCUACAAGUGACGAGAGUGGCUUACGAGAAAUGCAACACCACGAGCCCCAAAGCCAGCUACACAGAUGGGAACACCAAGGUGAAGCUAGACCAACCCGGUCCGGUCUACUUUAUCAGUGGAACAGAGGGUCACUGUAAAAAGGGGCAGAAGCUUCGCCUUGUCGUCUUCAUUCCUCAUAGCUCUGCUUUCUCUCCGGCUCCUUCACCGUCCGACGGUCCCGCCGUUGCUCCUACUAGUGGUGCUGCUAAGCUCACCAGCUUCUUUGGUGUCGUUGGCCUUGUUCUUGGAUUCUGGGCCUUCUUCUGAGAGAAACUUUAAUCUGAAUUAGUUACAAAAAAAAAAAAACUUUAAUCUGAAACUAUAUUCUAUUUAUUAAUUUUUCGAACAUGAAAGAGAGAGAUCUUUUUUUUUUUUUUUUUUUUUGAAUUGAAUGUUAAAUUUAAUUCAAAAGAAAAAACCUUGUUACAACUAAGUGUGUCCUUUUUUAGUUUUCUAUACACAUUUGGGAAUUAAAAUAAAAAGAAACUCUUUCUUCAA